AUGGCGUCGCGCGUGAUGUCGUUCUCGGUCGAUCCGAGCGCGCGCGGGCGGCGGUCGAUGAGCGCGCAGACGUCGACCUCGCGAAGGGCGGCGAGACGAGGCGCGGGCCGACGCGGUUCGGCGCCGGCGAGCGCGUUCACUCCGGAAUCGAUUCAGGAAGCUGUGAUCGGACACAUGGGACCGACGGUGCAGUUGGCGCUGAGCGCGCUCGGUGGGGGCGCCGCGGUAGCGCUCGUCGCGGCCAAGUUGGCGAGGGGCGCCGCGGCGAAGGACUCGGCGACGCAGCGCGGACGGACGCCGAUGACGCGCGGGACUGGUGUUUCCGACGAUAGCAAAGGACGAGGAUACCUCAUCGCGCCGCCACCGCUGUUUCCACUCGUUCCAGCGUUCGCCAGGCAGACGUACCGCUACGAAGUCGAUCCAGGACGUAUGUGGUUCUUCGAGCAAAAGCAAGGCAUCGGGCUCGGAUUGAACGUGAGCGUCAAUGUGCGCAUGACAGUCAUCAAGCUGAAAACCGGCGGACUCUGGGUUCACGCGCCGGUAGCACCGACGACAGAGAUGGUGGCUCUACUGGAUGAGCUCGACGCGCCCGUCGAGCACGUCGUGUUGCCGACGACGCUGUUUGAACACAAAAUUUUUGUCGGGCCGUUUCAGCGCAAGUAUCCAAAGGCGCAGUGCUGGAUCGUGCCACAGCAGUGGAGUUGGCCGGUGAAUCUGCCGCCGCAAUUUUUUGGCAUCAAUAAGACUGGAAUUUUGGGCCAAGACCGCGCGCCUUGGGAGGAUGAGUUCGAGUACGAACUAUUGGUGCCUCCAGCUCUCGGCGUCGCUUCGUACGUAUCGUUCGUCGAAGCUGCGUUUAUCCACAAGCCGUCCAAGACGUUGCUCGUCACCGACGCCGUCGUGUACGUGUCUGAAAACAUCCCGGAUUGCAUCCCUGACAGAGAUCUUGAAGAGAGCGGAGACGACGAUAACUUCACCAUCCGCGCGCUCAAGUUGUUGAACCUGUUUGACAUAAAAACAAAGGCAAAGAGUCGCACGAUGACGUCCAAGGAUAUGAGCCGCGAGGAAUUGCUGCGGCUUGGUUGGCAGCGCAACGCUCUGCAGGCUCUGUACUUUGGGCCGAACGACCUUCUCUCUCCGGAAGAAAGUUGGAAGGAAAUAACGAACCGCCUAGUCGUCGCGCCAGUCGUCGGCACGCUAGUGUACGAGAAUGUCCCAGAGCCAGUGAACGCGUGGGCUCGUCGCGUGGCGAAGUGGGACUUCAAUAGAAUCGUGCCGUGUCACUUCGACGCGCCGAUUCGCGCCGGACCGCGCGAAUUCCUUUCCGCCUUUUCCUUCUUGCCGUCUUCGCGACCGGAGAACGCCAAGGGAAGAGGCGGGGCGUAUUAUCCUAGCGAAGAUAUGAUCUUGCUUCGAGGCGUCGCGGACUUCCUCCUGAACACUGGCGUCAUCUUCACAGACGAGACGCGCCCGAAGCGCCCGAAUAUUUGA